UCUCUCUCCUCAUCCUCUCUUUUACCCUUCUCUUCCAUCUCAUCACCUUCAAAAUAUCCUCUGUUUCCUCUUCUUUGCUGUAAUGGCUGAGCAGAUGCCUUCAAAGCGCCAAAGAGAAGAAACCCAGAGCUCAAACGAAGAACUCGUUGAAGAGACAAAACGCCACAAAUCAUACAAUCAUACACUCUCUUUGCUCGAAGCAGAAGAGGUGGACCAAAGCCAAGACGUUUCUUCUCUCAUCACCUCUUUACAACAACAGCUCUCUUCGGAUUCCGUUUUAGACGUCCCUUUCCCUCCGACGACGACGCCCUUAAAAGCCCACGACCAACAGAACCCUGCCGGGAUGACUAACAGCAACUGCAUGGUCAGCAUAGAAGACCGCACGACGGCAACUUCUUCCUUGAAAGGAGACGAGGAUUUACGGGUCGAUGAUAAAGAGCAAGUCAUUAGGCAUUUGCUCGAAGCUUCUGAUGAUGAGCUUGGGAUUCCGAAUAGAGAAAGUGUUUUGGGUGUUGAGUUCGAUGAAGGUUUCGACAAUGGCGGAAAUGGUUUUGCGUUGUGUGAUGGGCUAUGGGAGCUUGAAGAUGAGGCGGCUAAUUACUAUACUUUGUUACAGUCUGAAUUGUUCAUGUAGUAUUAUGGCCAAAGAAAAAAAAAUACUAAGAUGAAAGUAACGGUAGGAGUGAAAAUUAGAUAAAUGGGAAAAACUGGGGAGUGUGGGGGCAAACAUGAAAAAAUAUCCUCCCUUAGAGAGAGAAACAAUUCACUUCCUUCUCCCCUCCCAACUAAAGCAAAGUCUGCAGCCCCUCAACCGCAUUAGAGGUAUAUUACCCCACCAAAUUCAGGCAUUUUCGGGAUUGAAGGUGUUUAAGUUUCUGGGUUAAUUUAUUUUGGACCCUCUCUCUUUGAAAAUAUCAGGACUUUCCCUAUGUUCCUUUGUUCAUUACAAAAUUUAAGUGUUUUAGAAAGGGAAGAUUGUUCAUAUUUUUU